CGCCGCGCCGCGCUCCCGCCGCACGAGCGCCGCUCCUGACCGGCCGGUAAUAUGCAUGUGUCACUAGCUGAGGCCCUGGAGGUUCGGGGCGGACCAUUGCAGGAGGAAGAAAUAUGGGCUGUAUUAAACCAAAGUGCAGAAAGUCUCCAAGAAUUAUUCAGAAAAGUCAGCAUCACGGAUCCCGCUGCCCUUGGCUUCAUCAUUUCUCCAUGGUCACUACUGUUGCUGCCAUCUGGCAGUGUGUCCUUUACAGAUGAAAACAUUUCCAAUCAGGACCUUCGAGCAUUCACUGCACCAGAAGUUCUUCAAAACCAGUCACUAACUUCUCUCUCAGAUGUUGAAAAGAUCCACAUUUACUCUCUUGGAAUGACAUUGUAUUGGGGAGCUGAUCAUGAAGUACCUCAAAGCCAACCUAUCAAGCUCGGAGAUCAUCUCAACAGCAUUCUUCUGGGAAUGUGCGAGGAUGUUGUCUACGCUCGGGUUUCUGUCCGGACCGUCCUGGAUGCUUGCAGUGCCCACAUUAGAAACAGCAACUGUGCCCCUUCCUUUUCUUAUGUGAAGCAGUUGGUAAAGCUGGUUCUGGGGAACCUUUCUGGGACGGAUCAGCUUUCCUGUAAAAGUGAACAAAAGCCUGAUCGAAGCCAGGCUAUUCGAGACCGAUUGAGAGGAAAAGGAUUACCAACAGGAAGAAGCUCCACUUCUGAUGUUCUAGACAUACCCAAGGCUCCAUUCUCUCAUCAGACCUUUCUUAACAAAGGGCUUAGUAAAUCUAUGGGAUUUCUGUCCAUCAGAGACACACAAGAUGAGGAGGAUAUUUUCAAGGACAUUUCAUCAGAUAAUAAUUCUGGACAGGAAGAUUCUGAAAAUACCUGCUCCCCUUACCAAUUCAAAACUAGUGGUCCACAAAAAAAAGUUCACCCUGGCAUUGAUGUGCCUUCUAAGAAGAAGAUUUGGGCUUCAUCCAUGGACUUGCUUUGUACAUCUGACAGAGACUUUUCUGGAGAGACUGGCAGGUUUCAACACUGUCACCCUGAGGCAGAAACAGGACGGGCUUCAACUACUCCUAGAAAAAAGGAGGCAAGAUACUCAGAUGGAAGCAUAGCUCUGGAUGUCUUUGGCCCUCAGAAAGUGGAUCCAGUAUAUCACACACGAGAUUUGCCUACCUCCUUUGCAAUAUCAAAUGCUUUGGACCGAAUUCGAGAAAGACAAAAGAAACUUCAGGUUCUGAGAGAAGCCAUGAAUGUAGAAGAACCAGUUCGAAGAUACAAAACUUACCACAGUGAUAUUUUUAGUACCUCCAGUGAAAGUCCAUCUAUUAUUUCUUCUGAAUCAGAUUUCAGACAAGUGAGAAGAAGUGAAGCUUCCAAAAGGUUUGACUCCAGCAGUGGUCUCCCGGGAGUAGACGAAACCCCAAGUCAGGGCCAGUCACAGAGACCAAGCAGACAAUAUGAGUCACCCCUUGAAGGCAACUUAAUCAAUCAAGAGAUUAUGCUAAAGCGACAAGAAGAAGAAAUGAUGCAGCUGCAAGCCAGGAUGGCCCUGCGACAGUCUCGGCUGAGCCUGUAUCCAGGAGACACCAUCAAAGCUUCCAUGCUUGACAUCUCCAGAGACCCCCUAAGAGAAAUUGCCUUAGAAACAGCCAUGACCCAGAGAAAACUAAGGAAUUUCUUUGGCCCUGAGUUUGUGAAAAUGACCAUUGAACCAUUUAUCUCUUUGGAUUUGCCACGGUCUAUUCUUGCCAAAAAAGGGAAGAACGAAGACAGCCGGAGAAAAGUUAGCAUAAUGCUUCUGAGCGGACAGAGGCUGGAGCUCACCUGUGAUACCAAAACCAUAUGUAAAGAUGUGCUUGACAUGGUUGUAGCCCAUGUGGGCUUAGUGGAGCAUCACUUGUUUGCUUUGGCUACCCUCAAAGAAAACGAAUAUUUCUUCGUUGAUCCUGAUUUAAAAUUAACCAAAGUGGCCCCAGAGGGAUGGAAAGAAGAACCAAAGAAAAAGAGUAAAGUCACUGUUGAUUUUACUUUGUUCUUCCGAAUUAAAUUUUUCAUGGAUGAUGUUAGCCUAAUACAGCAUAACCUGACUUGUCAUCAAUAUUACCUUCAGUUGCGGAAAGACAUUUUGGAGGAGAGGAUGCACUGUGAUGACGAGACGUCCUUGUUGCUGGCCUCUUUGGCACUCCAGGCUGAGUAUGGAGAUUAUCAGCCAGAGGUUCAUGGUAUGUCUUACUUUCGCCUGGAACAUUAUUUGCCUGCCAGAGUGAUGGAGAAACUUGAUUUAUCCUAUAUCAAAGAAGAGUUACCCAAAUUGCAUAAUACCUACACAGGAGCUUCUGAGAAAGAGACAGAGUUAGAAUUUUUAAAGGUCUGCCAAAGACUGACAGAGUAUGGAGUUCAUUUUCAUCGGGUGCACCCUGAAAAGAAGUCACAGACAGGAAUAUUGCUUGGAGUGUGUUCUAAAGGUGUUCUUGUGUUUGAAGUUCACAAUGGAGUUCGCACAUUGGUCCUUCGCUUUCCAUGGAGGGAAACAAAAAAGAUUUCCUUUUCUAAAAAGAAAAUCACAUUACAGAACACAUCUGAUGGAAUAAAGCACACGUUCCAGACCGACAAUAGUAAGGUGUGCCAGUACCUGCUCCAGCUCUGCUCCUCCCAGCACAAGUUCCAGCUGCAGAUGAGAGCAAGACAGAGCAACCAGGACGCCCAAGACAUCGAGAGAGCUUCGUUUAGGAGCCUGAAUCUGCAAGCAGAGUCUGUUAGAGGAUUUAAUAUGGGACGCGCUAUCAGCACUGGCAGUCUGGCCAGCAGCACUCUGAACAAACUUGCCGUUCGACCCUUGUCAGUCCAAGCUGAGAUUCUGAAGAGGCUCUCCUGCUCAGAGCUGUCGCUUUACCAGCCAUUGCAGAACAGUUCAAAAGAGAAGAGUGACAAGGCUUCAUGGGAGGAAAAGCCUAGAGGGAUGAGUAAAUCCUACCAUGAUCUCAGUCAGGCUUCUCUCUGUCCUCAUCGGAAAAAUGUCAUUGCUAACAUGGAAUCCUUACCACAAGCCAUGGCAGAGUUGGUGGGGAAACCCUUCCACCAGAUGGCAAGAUCUGACCCAGAAUCCUGGGGAGGACUCACAAAACUUCCUAAUUCAAAGUCUGUUGCAAGUUUAAAUAGAAGCCCUGAAAGGAGGAAACAUGAAUCAGACUCAUCUACUGAAGACCCUGAUCAAGCCCAUACUAUAGGAAUGACUAUGGCUAGUUCUGGAAAUUCUUCAUCCCAAGUACCCUUUAAAGAAAAUGAUGUGUUACACAAAAGAUGGAGCAUUGUGUCUUCACCAGAAAGGGAGAUCACACUGGUGAACCUGAGAAAAGAUGCAAAGCAUGGCUUAGGAUUUCAAAUUCUUGGUGGGGAGAAGAUGGGAAGACUGGAUCUAGGUGUAUUUAUCAGUUCAAUUACCCCUGGAGGACCAGCUGACUUGGAUGGAUGCUUAAAGCCAGGAGACCGUUUGAUAUCUGUGAAUAGUGUGAGCCUAGAAGGGGUCAGCCACCAUGCUGCAAUUGAAAUUCUACAAAAUGCACCUGAAGACGUGACGCUUGUUAUCUCCCAGCCAAAAGAGAAGAUAACCAAAGUGCCUUGUACUCCUGUGCAUUUUUCCAAUGGGAUGAAAAACUAUAUGAAGAAAACUUCCUACAUGCAAGACAGUGCUAUAGAUUCUCCUGAGGACCACCCCUGGCCACGUGGUACCCUGAGGCACAUCACAGAAGGUUCCUUUGGACUCUCUGGGGGCUUGCGGGAAGGAAGCCUUAGUUCUCAAGAUUCCAGAACUGAGAGUGCCAGCUUGUCCCAGAGCCAUGUCAAUGGUUUCUUUGCCAGCCAUGUAGUUGACCGAACCUGGCAGGAAUCACAACAUGGCAGCCCUUCCCCAUCUGUGAUAUUGAAAACCACUGAGAAAAAGAAGGCUUCCUGUGACAGUAACCGAAGCAAAGCUUCAGCCAGGCCAGGCAUUUCAGAUGUGACCGAUCACUCUGACCAUGGAGACUCAGACAUGGAUGAAGCCACAUGCCCCCGCAAUCAAGGUCAUCAGACAGCAAAAAUGGAAUCUUCCUCAAUGAAUUCACCCAACAAAAUGAAUUUUAAAGCUUUUUCUUCAUCACCUCCUAAACCUGGAGAUAUCUUUGAGGUUGAACUGGCUAAAAAUGAUAACAGCUUGGGAAUAAGUGUCACGGUACUGUUUGACAAGGGAGGUGUGAAUACCAGUGUCCGACAUGGUGGUAUAUAUGUGAAAGCUGUCAUUCCCAAGGGGGCAGCAGAGUCUGACGGUAGAAUUCACAAAGGUGACCGUGUGCUUGCUGUCAAUGGAGUAAGUCUGGAAGGAGCUACCCAUAAGCAAGCUGUGGAAACUCUCAGAAAUACGGGACAGGUGGUUCAUCUAGUGUUGGAAAAGGGGCAGUCACCAGCAUCCAAGGAGCAUAUCCCUGUGACCCCACAGUGUACCCUUCCAGACCAUGAUACGCAUGCUCAGGCUACAAAGAAGUUGUGGGAGAACAGCACUCAUGGCAAAGACUACAGCUUUGUCACUGAAGAAAAUACAUUUGAAGUAAAACUGUUUAAAAACAGCUCAGGCCUAGGAUUCAGUUUUUCUCGAGAAGAUAAUCUUAUACCAGAGCAAAUGAAUACCAGCAUAGUAAGAGUUAAAAAGCUCUUCCCUGGACAGCCAGCAGCAGAAAGUGGGAAGAUUGAUGUGGGCGAUGUUAUCUUGAAGGUGAAUGGAGCCUCCCUAAGAGGACUAUCUCAGCAGGAAGUCAUAUCUGCUCUCAGGGGAACAGUUCCAGAAGUGUCCUUGCUCCUCUGUAGACCUCCACCUGGGGUGCUACCAGAAAUUGACACUACUCUUUUGACCCCACUCCACUCUCCAGCACAAGUUCUUCUGAACAGUAAUAAAGAACCUUCCCAGCCAUCAUGUGUGGAGCAAAGCACCAGUUUAGAUGAAAAUGAAAUGUCUGACAAAAACAGGAAGCAGUGCAAGUCCCCAUCCAGGAAAAACAGUGACAGUGACAGCAGUGUGAGUGGAGAAGAUGACCUUGUGAAAGCUCCAGCAAAGAUCUCAGAUAUGACCUUGAGCUCCCCUGUGACUCAGAAGCUCAACAACGUGGCUGCCCAGACACAAAGUCAGCACGGAGCACCCAAGAGCCAAGAGGAUGUCAUGUGUGCCAUGUUUUACUAUCCUCCGAAAAUACCCAAUAAACCAGAAUUUGAGAACAGCAGCCCUCCUUCCCCUCCACCCCUGGAUCUGAGUCCUGGACAAAGCUGUCAACCCCAGUCACAAUGUCCGGCUUCUAAUUGGAUUGCUAAAUAUCAUACACCUCACACUUCUGAACCAACUGGACAAGAAAACUUGACAACUUUGGAAAACCAUCUUGAAGACUUUGAGCUGGAAGUCGAGCUCCUCAUUACCCUGAUCAAAUCAGAAGAAGGAAGUCUGGGCUUUACUGUAACCAGAGGCAGUCAGAGCAUUGGGUGUUACGUUCAUGACGUCAUACAGGAUCCAGCCAAAAGUGAUGGAAGGCUCAGACCUGGGGACCGGCUCAUAAAGGUUAAUGAUACCGAUGUUGCAAACAUGACCCACACCGAUGCAGUGAAUCUACUCCGAGCUGCCCCCAAGACAGUAAGAUUAGUUCUUGGACGAAUUCUAGAAUUCCCCAGGAUUCCAGUCUUCCCCCACUUGCUACCGGACAUUACAUUAACAUGCAACAAAGAGGAAUUGGGAUUUUCCGUAUCUGAAGGUCAUGGCACUGUACAGCGAGUGGUGUAUAUCAGUGAUAUUAACCCCCGCUCAGUUGCAGCUGUUGAAGGUAACCUCCAGCUGUUAGAUAUCAUCCACUAUGUGAAUGGAGUCAGCACACAAACAAUGACCUUGGAAGAAGCUAACAGAGCGUUGCACAUGUCACUUCCAUCAGUGGUGCUGAAAGCAACAAGAGAUGGGCAUCCAGUGAUCCCCAGCUCAAAGAACGCUCCCAUUUCAGCACCUGCCACCAGAACCAAUGGCCAUCACACUGUGGAGCCUUGUGACCAGCAUGUCCUUACUCCUAAGAAUUCAUUCUCUAAGGUUAAUGGGGAAGAAGCAUCUGAAACUCUGAACGCUGAAGGAAAAUGUUCUACUUCUCACUUGAGGGGAUCAAAAAGCUUGCCUGAGACCAAAGAAUCUGGAACAGAGGAUGAAGACAUUUAUGAGGACCCUCAAGAAGCAGAAGUUAUCCAGUCUCUGCUGGAUGUUGUAGAUGAGGAAGCGCAGAACCUCUUUGGCCAGAGUGCUGCUGCAGACGCCUGCGCUCCAGGCACACUAAAGACAAAUGGGAGGGUGUCAGAAGAGAAAGCAGAGGACACAGAUUGUGAAGGUUCACCUUUACCUGAGGACUUCACUGAGGUAAAGUCUGCUAAAAUGAAUGGCUGUGAUGAAUACUGUGAAGAAAAAAUAAACAGUGAAAGUUUAACUCAGACAUCACAAGAAAGGAGGUCUGAUGAAGAUGAAAUAACUUUGGGAAGCAGUGAAUUAUCGAUAGAAACAACAAACCAUGGAGAUUCCAAUAAAGAUCAUCUCUUUCUGACAAACAAGGAGCUCGCCACCCUCCCAGUUGUCAGAGUGCCUCCCUCGGGCAAUUACACCGGUGCCAAGCUAAAAUCCGUCAUCCGCAUGCUGCGAGGCUUGCUGGACCAAGGAAUCCCUUCUAAGGAGCUAGAGAACCUUCAAGAACUAAAACCUUUGGAUCAGUGUCUCAUUGGACAGACUAAGGAAAACAGAAGGAAGAACAGAUACAAAAAUAUACUUCCCUAUGAUGCUACAAGAGUGCCUCUUGGAGAAGAAGGGGGAUAUAUCAAUGCCAGCUUCAUCAGGAUUCCUGUGGGGAAGGAGGAGUUUGUUUACAUCGCCUGCCAGGGGCCUCUCCCUACAACCGUGGGAGAUUUCUGGCAAAUGAUUUGGGAACAGAAAGCUACUGUAAUAGCCAUGAUGACACAAGAAGUAGAAGGAGAAAAAAUCAAAUGCCAGCGCUACUGGCCGAAUGUGCUAGGCAAAACCACCAUGGCCAAUGACAGGCUGCGCCUGGCCCUUGUGGGGUUGCAGCAACUACAGGGCUUUGUCGUAAGGUCCGUGGCCCUAGAAGACAUUCAGACCGGAGAGGUGCGACACAUUUCUCACCUGAACUUCACUGCCUGGCCAGACCACGAUACACCUUCCCAGCCAGAUGACCUGCUCACCUUUAUCUCCUACAUGAGGCACAUCCAUAGGUCAGGUCCAGUCGUCACACACUGCAGUGCUGGCAUUGGACGCUCGGGAACCCUGAUAUGCAUCGAUGUAGUUCUAGGACUAAUCAGUCAAGAUCUUGAAUUUGAUAUCUCUGACUUGGUACGCUGCAUGAGACUGCAAAGGCAUGGGAUGGUUCAGACAGAGGAUCAGUAUAUUUUCUGCUAUCAAGUCAUUCUCUAUGUCCUGAUGCGUCUCCAAGCUGAAGAAGAGCAAAGAGAACAGCCUCAGCUUCCGAAGUGACCUGGACAGACAGCUUCCGUGGUCUCACACCUCUCCUCCACUGCACACGCUCCUGCUCUCCACCUCACACAGGGCGCAGAGCCACAAGGCCUGUCUGCAUCAGGAUGCUUAGCCCCCGCAGCCGUGGAGGGUUUCUCCAUCAUGAUGCGUCAUUCCGAGACGCUAUGUUGUUAUAGCUACUUUAUCCUCUGGUCAUUUUCACCAGUUGUUUAACACUAACCAAACAGUGCAGACUUUGGGGCUAAAGACAGCAUUUGAUCAUAGUGGACAUUGUUACAAGGACACAGUGAGUCUUAUUUUUAAUGUACCAAUCUUGUUUAUAGCAAAAAAAAUUCCAGUAUUUUAAUAAAGUAGAUUUAUUUUAUAGGGGACACUUGAAACCAGUAUUUAAGCUUUAAAUGGCAGCAAUAUUGGCCUAGAAAGAAAGUAGAAAAUGUUUACUGUAUCAAUUUCUAAUGUUUACUAUAUAUAAUUUCCUGUAAUAUAUUUAUAUGCUUUUUCAUGAAAAUGGAGCUAUCAGAUAGGUUUGUAACUGCAUCAUAUGUU